GUAGAGGAAGACGAUUAGUGGGUCAUCGCAGCCACACAUUGCUGUUUGUAUGAAUGCAAGCUGCCUUCCGAGGGGUAGUUACUGAGCAAGGCUCUGACUGCAGGGAGCUCUGUACAAACGCUCACACUGUUCCCAUUGGACCCUGAGCUUCUGCACCAUGCGAACACCACCACCUAUGAUCAUUGGCAUUGUCAGUGCUCCUGUAGGGCUAGUCUUGGUGUUUGUGGCAGUUUUGACUCCACAAUGGCGACAAGGACCCAUUAACCUGGGGAAGAACAUAGCUGUGAAGUCUGAUGGACUGUGGGAAUCGUGUCUGGAACUGCAGGACACCAAACAGUGUUGGCCGGUGACUACUGUGUACCAGAGGGAUGAAGUUGUGCAGUGGUCCAGGGCUCUCAUGUUGAGUUCUCUCCUGGUGUGUGGGAUGGGAAUCAUUGUGGCUAGUGUAGGGAUACGCUGCUGGAUGGACUUUCCACUGCGGAAUGUGGCCGGGGCCAGUGGGGUUGUUAUUAUCCUGGCCGGAUCUCUGUGCAUCACCCCACUCACUCUCUAUAUGACCUUGAUGCACAGAAUCAACCCCGAUACUGAUACCCAGUACCAGAGUGGAAGCUCCCUGUAUUUUGGCUGGGCUGGAAGUUGCUUUGAGAUCGUUGGAGGAUUGGCCCUUGCGCUGAGUUUCACUUGUCCAAAAUGCAAGCGGUGCAGAGAAUCAGGACAGAAUGCCAAAAGAACCUAUGAUGUUGAUUACUAGAUGAUUUAGUUAGGACUACCCCGUGUUAAUUGGUUUCUAACAGGCUACUUCACACUAAGGAAGUGUUAAUAUCAAAAGCAGUGUGAUUGUGUGUGUGUUGUCCUCAUUUAGCUACUGAAGCCCAGUAAUAAUUCAUUAAUGACCAAUAGGACUGUCACCCUUCCAUGACCACACUGCAUUCACCAUGAAUUGAAAAUUAUGCACCAGGUCAAUUUUCAACCAACACUAAGAAUAAAAAGUUCACUGGAGCAUAAAAGAAAAACAUCUUUCAAUCCUUUAAUUAAUUAUAAACAUCUUGGCUUAACAAAAUAAAAAUUAGACUGACAUGCGACUGAGAAUAAUCCAUGUGUUUAAUGAGGUAGCAUGUAUAAACAAGCACAUUUUAAUUUGCAGAGAGUGGGAAGACUGAAAAGAGCUGUUGAUCUCUGGCCAACAAUUUAGGUAAAGCACAUGAAUUUUAAUUCAUUCAAAAUCCUCACUGUACUAUAUCCAUGUAAAUAGAUUGCUGAAUGCUACCAGUAUUGAUCCAAACUACCAAUUAAACUUACUGUAUAACACUGAAAAAAUGGUUCUCCCAUUGCCCAGGCAGUUGAUCCCUCUUCUUCCUACCCUGGGCAUGGUGGUCCUUCCUGUGAUAAUAUGUCUCUGGACUUUUACAUCCUUCAUCCUUAAUUUCUAAUUGGCUUGGAACUGUUCAACUCCAUUGGUUUUGAUUUAUCUGGCUAGUCUGUGCCAACCUUUCACUGGCUUUGGCCCAAGGCUAUAGGUAGCAUUACCCCAUUGCUCUUCUCCCAAAUUAACACUUGUCUUUUACAUCACUCCCUUGCUUCUCCCUGAUUCAGUCCAAUUGAAACCAAUUACAGUCAAUCACUGGGUUCAGGAUACUUUAGUUCAGAUACAAACUGCCCUCCCAUGUGUCUACAGUUGUUACUGUUGUGUUUUGUAACUUCAAGGCAUUAAAUUAAUUCAA